ACAGCGACAACAAAUCCGCUAUUAGAGGAGGACGCGCGCAUAGUUUCUCCAAACAAAAACUAUUGUGCGUUUAAUACGUUUGGAGCAGUUUCGCUUUUUAAAUCCAUGACCGGAGGAUGUACAACGUACGACUGUGAUUGUACCGGGGAUUCAAACAUUUUACGAGCCUCAAACGAGACUUUAUACAAAUAGGAAGAGGAAAAACUAGGUGUUUUUACGGACCAGAUUCAUGAAACUCCGAAGGACAACAACACCAACCUCAUGACUUAUCCUGAAAGAGCCAUACGCCGGAUUUAUUCCCUACAAGAAUAAACUGCACACCGUAGAUUAAUUCAUUUUAAUGCUUUAUUUUAUUUUUAAAUUAUAGACCACAUGUCUAUGAGCCAAUAGCAGCCAGAACCUUUUUCUUUGUUUGAGCAUUUGUGCAUAUUAUUGAACACUAUAUAAUUAGUAGUGUAACAUAUCAAGUUCACAGAUUUUAACGUCCAAUAACGAACAUGUGAACACUCAAGACUGUUUCCUGAUUAGACAAGAGGCUGAAUAGUUUGAUUAGCCAUGAAGAUGCAAUAAGAGCUGCGUUGCUUUACGCGCAUUUAAACAUCCACUGAAAGAAAAUCUCUUGCUAACCAUCCAGAAAAAAAGUCGUAUCUGGCGAUGUCCUUCUUUAAUUUCCGAAAGAUCUUUAAACUGGGGAUAGAGAAGAAGAAGAAACAAUAUGAUCACGUGCACAGGGACACAAACCCAGAGGAAAUAUGGGAGAUUGUUGGAGAACUGGGGGAUGGAGCCUUUGGGAAGGUGUUCAAGGCACAGAACAAGCAGACUGGUAUUUUUGCGGCUGCAAAGGUGAUCGACACUAAAACUGAAGAUGAGCUGGAGGACUACAUGGUGGAGAUCGACAUCUUGGCAUCAUGUGAUCAUCACAACAUCGUCAAGCUGCUCGACGCUUUUUACUUUGAGAGCAAACUGUGGAUCCUGAUCGAGUUCUGUGCCGGCGGGGCCGUCGAUGCCGUCAUGCUUGAACUGGAAAGGCCUCUGACGGAGCCGCAGAUCAGGGUGGUUUGUAAGCAGACUCUGGAUGCUCUGCUGUAUCUGCAUGACAACAAGGUCAUUCACAGAGACCUGAAGGCUGGAAACAUCCUGCUCACGCUGGAUGGAGACGUCAAAUUGGCGGAUUUUGGAGUGUCUGCCAAGAACACGAAGACUGUUCAGCGAAGAGACUCUUUCAUUGGAACCCCUUACUGGAUGGCUCCAGAGGUGGUGAUGUGCGAGACGUCGAAGGACAGGCCGUAUGACUAUAAGGCUGAUAUCUGGUCUCUGGGAAUCACUCUGAUUGAACUGGCUCAGAUCGAACCUCCAAACCACGAGAUGAACCCGAUGAGAGUCCUGCUGAAGAUCGCCAAAGCUGAGCCUCCUACUCUACUACAGCCCUCCAAAUGGUCUCCUGAGUUCAGGGACUUCCUCAAACACGCGCUGGAAAAAAACGUGGACAACAGGUGGAGCACAGCGCAACUCCUCCAGCACCCGUUUGUGAGCACUGUAACUGACAGCCGGCCGCUGCGGGAGCUGAUCGCAGAGGCAAAGGCGGAGGUUACGGAGGAGAUGGAGGAGGAGGAGGAUGAUGAAGAGCAUGAAGGAAACCUGCUUGGACACAAACGCGCCCCGUCUGAUGCAAGUGUCGGCAGUUCUGAAGACGAGAAGCUUCCUCAGUCUCCAUCCACAUUAGAGUCAGUUCCUGAGAGGAUCGAGGAGGUCUCCGCUCCCAAACUAGCAGAUGAUAUUGUUACAGCUGAAAUAAAGAAAGAAGAAGAUCCUCUGAAGACAGAAGAGAACCACAUACUAGAUAAAGCAGCAUCUGAAUCCAACAAACAAGAGCUUAAAACUGAAGGAGAACCAGACGUGGUUCCCUCAGAAACUCCAGCUGAGGGAAUAAUCCAACCGGCCAAACCUGAUGGAGAGAAACUGAGGGAGGAGGAGGUGUUGGGAAAUGGUGAGCUCGUCCAGAAAGAGCCUGCGUCAGAUGUGUGUUCACCAACUGACAAAGAGAAAGCAGUGAUCGAGGAGUCCAGUAAAGCAGUGGCUCCAUCAUCUCCAGUGCCAGAGAAAGAGAAGAAGGAGAAGCUUGAGGACGAGCAGAAGCAGAGCCCAGUGAAACCCCAUUAUGUGAAGAAAGAGGACUCCGAUUCGGGCAUCAGCUCUACAACUGACACCAGCAGCAACAGCAGCAGUAUAGACCUCAACCUGUCCAUCUCCAGCUUCAUCAGCAAAUCCAAGGAGAUGGGAACCAACUCACAGCAGGAUAACAAGAGGCAGAAAAAAACCCUGAAGAAGACGCGUAAGUUCAUGGUGGACGGAGUGGAGGUCAGCGUUACAACAUCCAAGAUCAUCACAGACAAUGACACCAAAAACGAGGAGAUGCGAUUCCUGAGGCGUCAGGAGCUGCGAGAGCUGAGACUCCUGCAGAAGGAAGAGCAGAGAGCACAACAACAGCUCAGCAACAAACUCCAGCAGCAGAGAGAUCAGAUCUGCCGACGCUUCGAACACGAGACCACGAGUAAGAAGCGUCAGUACGACACAGAGGUGGAGAACAUGGAGAGGCAGCAGAAACAGACCAUCGAGCGUCUGGAGCAGGAGCACACAGAGCGUCUGCGGGACGAGGCCAAACGCAUCAAAGCAGAGCAGGACAAAGAGCUCUCUAAAUUCCAGAACACGCACAAGAACCGCAAGAAGGAGGAGCAGGAGUUUGUUCAGAAGCAGCAGCAGGAUCUGGACAGCGCUCUGAAGAAGAUCAUUCAGCAGCACAAGCUUGAGCUGGCCACCACAGAGAGAGACUGUCUCAACCACAAACAGCAGCUGCUCAGAGCUCGAGAAGCAGCCAUGUGGGAGCUGGAGGAGCGCCACCUGCAGGAGAAACACCAGCUCUACAAACAGCAGCUGAAGGACCAGUACUUCAUGCAGAGGCACCAGCUGCUCAAGAGACAUGAGAAGGAGAUGGAGCAGAUGCACAGGUACAACCAGCGUCUGAUGGAGGAUAUGAAGAACAGGCAGAUGCAGGAGAAAACCAGACUGCCCAAGAUCCAGCGCAGCGACGCAAAGACCCGCAUGGCCAUGUUCAAGAAGAGUCUGAGGAUCACCACCACUGGAGUGACUGCAGAGCUGGAGAGAGAGAGAGUCAAACAGUUUGCAGCACAGGAGGAAAAGCGUCAGAAGAACGAGCGUCUUCAUCAGCAGCAGAAGCAUGAGAAUCAGAUGCGGGAUCUGCAGACUCAGUGUGACGCAAACAGCAGAGAACUGCAGCAGCUGCAGAAUGAGAAGUGCCAUCUGCUGAUCGAGCAUGAGACACAGAAGCUGAAGGAGCUUGAUGAAGAGCAUGGCGCUGAGCUCAAGGACUGGAGAGAGAAACUCAGACCCCGCAAGAAGGCUCUGGAGGAGGAGUUUGCCCGUAAACUGCAGGAACAGGAAGUGUUCUUCAAGAUGAGCGGAGAGUCUGCGUGUCUGAACCCCUCCACACAGAGUCGCAUCUCCAAGUUCUACCCCGUCCCGAGUGUGCAGUCCACCGGCUUUUAACUCACCAUGAACAAAGAGAAGCCAAAACUGUCCAGUGAUUGAACCUCUGCUGCCUUCCUGCUUCCCUCUGAUAUAUGACGUCAGACUGAACGGGGAUUCAGGAUCAGAUAUGCUCAAGUAAGACACAAAGAAGCUUUCCUUUUCAUCACGUUUUAUUCAUUUAAGCUUUAAAAGUGGAUUUCUAUGAAGAUUUCAGUCAUAGCUGAUGGACGAUAAUGUGAUUUUUUUCUAUAUGCCACUAUUUUUUAUUUUUUUAUGACAAAAAAAAUUUUUUUUCCCUGAGCCAGUGGUCUUAAAGGGGCAGUUCACACAAAAAUUUUAAUUUGCCUCUCAAUUCAAAAAAUUGUAUGUAAUGCUCUGAUUUAAAUCUUCUCCUAGAGAAAAAGCACAAUACUUUUUUCCCCCUGAACCACGGGUCUCAAAGAGACAGUUCACACAAAAAUGUGAAUUUGCCCCUCAAUUUCAGCUAAAAACCUUAUUUAAAGCUCUGAUUUAAAUAAUAAGUUUUCUUAUAUAAUGUUGUCUUAAAAAAAAAAAAAACAUUUUUUUCCCUGAACCAGUGGUCUUAAAGGGACAGUUCACCAAAAAAAGACGUUCUUCCACAAUUUCUGCUAAAAGUCUUAUUUAGAGCUGAUUUAAAUUAAAAAAAACUUAAUAAUACAUACAUUUUUUUCCCUGAACCAGUGGUUUUAAAGGGUGAGUUUACAAAAAAUGAGAAUUUGUCACACAAUUUCAGUUAAAAAUCUUAUUUAAUGAAGAUUUAAAUGUUCUCUUAAAAACCAUUAUACUUUCCCCCUGAACCUGUGGUCAUAAAGGGACAGUUAACACAAAAAUGUGAAUAUGUCCCUUAAUUACAGCUAAAAACCUUAUAUAAAGCUCUGUUUUUAAUGGUUUUCUCAUAUGUUCUCUUUAAACAAAAGUCAUAAUAAUACUUAUUUUCUGAACCAGUGGUCUUGCAUGGACGGUUCAUGCAAAAAUUUAAAUUUGCUUCUUAAUACCAGCUAAAAAAUUUAUUUAAAGCUCUGAUUUAAAUCUUCUAUUAGAAAAAAAACCAUAAUGCUUUUUUUCUCUGAACCAGUGGUCUUAAAGAGACAGCUCAUUUAAAGCUCUGAUUAAGUUCUCUUAUAUAAUGUUCUCUUAGAAAAAAAAACAUUACUUUUUUCCCUGAACCAGUGGUCUUACAGAGACAGUUCACCCCAAAAAAUAAACAUUUAUCCCACAAUUUCUGCUAAAAUUCUUAUUUAAAGCUGAUUUAAAUCUUCUCUUAGUAAAAAUCCCUAAAUAAUACAUUUUUUUUUCCCUGAACCAGCGGUCUUAAAGGGAAAGUUCACACAAAAAAAUAUUUGCCCCACAAUUUGUGCUAAAAUUCUUAUUUAAAGCUCUGAUUCAAAUAAGACGUUAUCUUUAAAGAGUUCUCUUUAAAAAAAUAAUAUUUUUUUUUCACCCUGAACCGAUGGUCUGAAAGGGUGAGUUCACACAAAAAAAUGAGAUUUUGCCCCACAAUUUCUGCUAAAAUCUUAUUUAAAGCUGAUAACAUGUUCUCUCAGAAAAAUACUUUUUUUCCCUAAGUCAUUGGUCUUAAAAGGACAGUUCACACAAAAAAAUGUGAAUUUUUCCCACAGUUUCAGCUAAACAUUGUAUUUAAAGCUCUGAUUUAAAUAUGUUCUCUGACAUAAUAAGUCUUAAAGGGUCAGUUCACCCAAAAAUGACAAUUUGUUCAGCUAAAAAUCUUACCUUUGAAAGUUAUGUUCUCUUAGACGGCCUGAGGGUGAAUAAGUGAAAAGCAAACCUUAAUUUUUGUGUGAACUGUGCCUUUAAUAUACUAACCAUGAGGUUUCCUGUGCUAUUUUUAAAAUUGUAUCUGCGUUGAUGAAAUGUUUAUUGAGCUUCAUUGUGAAAUUCAUACCUUCAAAUCAAUUGAAAUGACCUGACUUUUGAGGAUUACCUACUGUAUAUGUUUUCUAAGCAUUUUUUAUUAUAUAUUUGAAGUAGCGGCCAUGGUUAGGCAAAUAUUCUGACUUCACUGUGGUUUAUAAGUGCUAUGCAAUGUGAACAUGUAGCUGAAUCCAACCAUCAUCUCAACUUUUAGAUAUUCAGUGUUGCUCGUAUUCUCCAUAAACGCAACAUGAAUUAAUAGGACAACUCUACACUACAUUUGUGUACUUGGAGAUUUGUACUGAGGAUCGUGUGUGAUCUGGUUUGGUUUGAUCAGGCAGAUAUUCUUUUAUUUUUGUGUAUUUUACAUAUUUAAUUUACAAAUUAGCGUGCAAUAAAUGUGUUUAUUGCACUUUCAUACGUGCCGUAGUUCGUAAAGCUCCAUUUAAAAGACUGAAAAGUGCUGUUUUGAUGAAACCUGAGAGAACGGCUGGUGUGUUUUUUUGAGCAGAUUGGACUGUAAUGAAAGUGCUGUGCACCAAUUCCUGCAGUCUUGAUCCUUGUGUUUGCAUUUUCAUAGACUUUCUUAAGCAUUUUCAACCUGUGAGGUGAAAUUAGCAGCAUAUCAGUUGUAAUAUGUACUUUGUUUGUGUCAAAUGUAUUGUUGUUGAUUAUAGGACGCUACUGUGAUUAAAGCAUUUGUGCUGAAUA